AUGACAGCGGAUGACAACCGAAACCUCAAACAACGUGUGUCCAUGCUGGCCGAAGAAUCAAUGACGUCGGCGGAUAUGAACAAAAGGCCUGUGGAUGAGCAGCGGCAGCCUCUUCCCAAUACUACAGCAGCAAGGUCAAUGGGUCCACCACCGCGGCCACAUUCCCAGCCUCCACCACAAGCCUGGGCUACUUGCAAUGCGGAGGAUAGGCUCAUCUCUCAACCAUUUGUAGUAGCGAAUAACUUGCUUAUCCAAGAAAGCUGGCAAACAUACCAGGAGCCUUCUGCUCGGCAAGCGGUCGGCCGUUAUACGCAACUCCUCCCUCCUUCCAGAAUUCAGGCUGCGAUGCCUUCUCACCGGCUAACCCCCUUGCGGCCUGCUGCUGAUAAUAUUCCUGGAUUUCCUGGAUGCCUUUCAACCCAGCCUUUGCACGCUCCUACACAGGAACCGUCUCGUGAGAGCAUGGAAGAUUACAUCAACAGGAUCGAGCAAGAAGCCUUGCAAAAUCCCACCAACAAUGAAAAAAUGGAUGAAUUACAGCCUUGUAAUCCUGACCUGACUGAAAGUGUGGAGCAGCAGCAGCUCGGCCUUGGUUCAUAUCCCGAUGGCAAUGAUAUGCUUCUUCCGGACACCGCGUGGUACGGUCAGCACCCACUUCCAACCCACACCGCACAUAUCCAGGUCCAGGACCCUGAAUAUUUCGAACUAGACCAUUACGAGCAGGGUAUAGGGGAUCAAGAUGCCCGGCUACCGAGGAUGUGGAAUGAUCCGAGCGGGUUCUGA